AGUUAGUUCUGCUUCUUGAUACGACGCGCAGUUCUCGUUGCUCAAGAGCUCAACAGCAAAUUUCAGUAAUUUUAUUCAUAAUUUCACACUCGCCGUCUCAACAUAUCGCGCUUAAAUUCUAUAAUCUAAUUAUGAACUAAUAAGUUCUUAAAGAUACAAUAUUCAAAUUAGAGAUACCAGAACUCUGAUACUUAAAUUUCUUUAAAGAAUGUUAAAGGAAUAUUCCAAUAUAGUUUAACGGAUAAACUGAGAAUACAGAAAAGAAUCAAGGUUAGCCUAAUAUAGUAAUAACAAAAUGGCAAACCAACCGUCCAAUCCCAGUGAAUUCAACCGAACACCGCUUUCGGAGCUCACAAACGAGACGAAGCUACAACUUUCCUGCAUGCUUAGUCGCAAAAAGGUUCUGCGCACCGAAGAUGGCUAUGAGCGCGAUUGGCGUGGCAUUGCCCAUCUGGCCAAAUUGACCAAUCUGAUCACUGAGAAUGUCUCUAAGCCCAUGGAUGCGGUGCUGAGCACCUGGAUCCAACACAAUCCGGGCACAGCUGAAGUUGGUUACCUGGAACAAUAUCUGGGCAUCAUUGAUCGCUGGGAUGUGCAGGACGACAUCAAGGAGUAUCUGAUUAAGGACACCGAACGUUUCAAUAUGAAGAAACAGCAGCGGGAACAAUUGCAGAACAACAACAGUGUGACUCAAUCCGUCAAUAUUCGAAACCAGCCAAGAUACAAUGCCUGUAUCCUUUAUGCAGAGGCAGACGUCAAACAUGCUAUGAAAAUUGUAGACAAACUAGAAAACCCUCCUUAUAAUAUGAAGCUCUUCAUGAAGCAUCGAGAUAUACCGCCGGAAGUUCCAUUCGAAUAUGACAAUUUUGUUGAGUUAAUGGCAAAUCGUUGCAAUCAUUUGAUAGUCCUCCUAACUGAGAAGUUUGUCGCUAGUCGCGAGAAUGCAAAUUUGAUGAAUUUUAUGGAGAAACUACAAAUUGAAAGAAGCAGUCGAAGGAUCAUACCAAUUCUGUAUAAUUCUAACAUAGAACUACCUAAGAUAUUAUGCUUAUACACAUGUCUUGAAUAUCGUCGUUCGCCGCUAUUCAGUUUCUGGGACAGGCUGGCCAGCUCAAUCGAAAUGAAUAUUUCUCAAAUUUACUACUCUGAUGAUAAUCGAAUCUCAAGAUAA